AUGGAAGGAGAUCUUCCCAACGGGUCCAUCAACAGAGGUGGCAAGGCAGUGACAGGCCCCAGGCUGGUGACAGUUGAGCAGGGCAGCUCACUGUCAGUGUCCUGCAGCUACAAGCCACGCUACAAGCUCAGCUCCAAGUACUGGUGCCUCAAAAGCUCCCUCUGGUAUUGUUUGACUUACAUCGUCCGAACCAAUGGCUCAGAGGCGACAGUGACACGGGACAGGGUGUCCAUCAGGGACAACCACACAGCAAAUUCAUUCACAGUGACACUGAGCAGUGUCACACCAGGGGAUGCAGGCCAGUACUCCUGUGGGGUGAAGAAGAAACUGGGGAUCAACCAUCAGCACAGGAUCAAGGUGAUGGUCUCUACAGCUGUUUCAAACACAACUGAGGACAGCAACGUGAGCCCAUUGACCACCAACCCUCUGUGCCCCGGGAACUGUGGGGAGCCUUCAGUGCUGUCCCAGCCCAGUGUCAUCUACUUGCUGCUUCUGCUCAGCAUCAAGGUGCCCAUGGCACUGGCCAUGGUUUGUGGGGCAGGCUGGCUGAGGAGCCAGUGCAGAAACCGUGACCAAGAAAACCUGCAGCCCUUGGAGCCGUGCAGCAGCACCAGGGCACGGGGCUGCCCACUCAUCCCAACCACCUCCAAGCCCCAGGGAUGCCCUCCUGCCCCCCUAGCCCCCACCCUGCUGGGGCCGUGA